AAAAAAUAUUCCAACACGUUUUCGCUAACCCACCUAUUUGAUUAAAAGUUAGUGAACAAAUUCCGGAUUAUAAAUCUCACUCCCGGGCACAACCCAACUAACAAGCCAUGCACCUGCCACCUUUACUGUUCCUCCUUGGCCUCUACUCCUGGAGUCCCAGUGUAUCAUGGGCUGCUAAGUUAAUUGUGGUCCCACCCAUUAUGUUUGAGUCACACCUCUACAUCUUCAAGACACUGGCCACAGCACUGCACCAAGAGGGCCAUGAAACCCACUUCCUGGUUUCAGAGGGUCGAAAUAUCCCACCCUCCCCUCACUACCACUUCCAACGCUACCCAGGAAUCUUCAACAGCAGCACGGCAGACAACUUCCUCCAGUCCAAAGUCCGUAACAUUUUCUCUGGUCGUCUAACAUUUCUGGAACUCUUUGACAUCCUGGAUCACUACUCUCAGAACUGCGAUGCUGUGGUUGGCAGCGAUGAGGUCAUGACCCGGCUCAAAGAGGCGAAGUUUGACCUGUUGCUGGUGGACCCUAACGAAAUGUGUGGUUUUGUGAUCGCUCACAUCCUGGGUGUGAAGUAUGCUGUGUUCAGCACAGGACUGUGGUACCCUGCUGAAGUGGGGGCCCCAGCACCACUUUCUUAUGUACCUGAGUUCAACUCUUUGCUGACAGACCGCAUGUCGCUGAUCCAGAGAAUCACCAACACAGCUGUUUAUCUAGUGCAGCGCUUUGGAGUCCACUAUAUUGCACUACCCAAGUAUGACCGGAUAAUGAAGAAGUAUGGGGUGAAGCCUAAGGUGGCCAUGGCUGACUUGGUGCAGGGCAGCCGUCUGUGGAUGCUUUGUACUGAUAUGGCACUGGAGUUCCCCAGGCCCACCCUUCCUCAUGUGGUAUACAUAGGGGGCAUCCUCACCAAACCUCCCAACCCAUUGCCACAGGAGUUCGAGACAUGGGUGAAUGACACAGCGGAGCAUGGCUUAGUUGUGGUGUCAUUUGGAGCUGGGGUCAAGUACCUUUCCCAUGACAUUGCUCACAAACUUGCCGGAGCCCUGGCCAGGCUGCCCCAGCAUGUGGUCUGGAGAUUUUCGGGGGUCCCGCCCAGUAACCUUGGCAACAACACAAAGCUUGUUGAAUGGAUGCCUCAAAACGACCUGUUGGGUCAUUCCAACACACGGGCCUUCCUUAGCCAUGGGGGGCUGAACAGCAUCUAUGAGGCCAUGUACCAUGGGGUGCCGGUAGUGGGCGUGCCCCUGUUUGGAGACCAUUAUGACACUAUGACCCGUGUUGCAGCCAAGGGCAUGGGUAUUAUGCUGCACUGGAAGACCAUGACAGAGGAAGAUCUCCAUACUGCCCUGAUCAGCAUCAUCAAAGACAGCAGGUACCGACAGAAAGCUCGCCUCCUCUCCACCAUUCACAAAGACCAGCCGGGCCACCCCGUGACCAGGGCUGUCUACUGGAUCAGCUACAUCCUCCGACACCGUGGCGCCGACCACUUGCGCUCCUCAGUUUACGAGGUAUCCACCUACCAGUACUUCCUGCUGGACGUGGUUCUCACUAUGGUGGCUCUCUUAGCUCUGUUUGGCUUUGCCGUCUAUCGGAUAGGACAGUUGCUAAGGUCAAAGGUCAACAGCCAGAGAGGAGUUGAGAGCACCGAAGAUGAUAACAUGGCAAAUGGACAUUGCCAUAGUGACAGCAUGGCUAACGGCAAGCACAAACGCAAUGGCUCUUUGAGGAAAGAGAAGAAGAUAAAUUAGCACUUUGAAAGGUCAGGAGGGGGAAGGAAGACGUUGCUCUGUUGACUCAGAUCUAGCUUUGGUUUACAAAUAAAGAAUAUAUAGCUAGGAAAGAAAGCUGAUCCUAGGUCUGUGUCUAAAGGUAACUGCUAACAGAGCAAACAAGAGAAUCAAGCAGGAAAUGAAAUGGAUUUUGGGAGACAUAGUCAGAAAUUGGAUGCCCAGUGUAUGUGUACUGAGGCCAGUUUAACAAAACAUCUUAACAACAGCAGCUACAGCAAUGCAACAUCAAAACCAUUUGGAGAGUCGAUGGGGAAAAAACGAGACACAGGAAGGACUGCUUCUUUUUUCAUGUGCAUCUCUCUGUUCUCUCUUUCUACUCUUCUCAUCUGAAAUGGAAGGAUGAUUUAAAAUGGGGUCCAACACCGGGCACGAACCCCUCAUCCUCAGAACAAACCAACUGCAAAAUAAAUAAAUAACUUACAAUAUUUAAUUCAGAAACUAAUGUUUUAAUUGCAAUUUCUAGUUCAUAAGCAUCUGGCAAACUGUAAAUAGUAGACAAACCUAUUUAUUACUGUAAAAUGCAUUGUAAUGAUGGACCUUGAUAACUAAGCUUCUUUUUAAAUUAUUUAAUUUAUCGGUACUAUCACUGCAUGAUGGCAAACAUGCACUCCCACAUUCUGAACUAAUAUUGUUCAUGAUUUGUUGUGUCCUUCAUUGUUGCUUAAAGAAUGCUGCCAGUCGCUGAUGUAACUGCACACAUCUGUGCAGUCUCCAACUAAUUUAUCCACAGUGCUCAUCUCAUUUGCAAACUUCAACCUUUGGAAACUAAAAUAAGAUUGGUGGAAGAACAUGCAGAACCAUUUAUCACAUCAAAAUGUUCCCCUUUUUACUUUGGUAGUGCCAACGUGUGCCUGCAUUGUGCUGGAUCAGGACAUACCCUGCUGUCCCUCUCAGGGCAUCUCUAAGGGGUAGACAUGUUCCCAGGCUGGCCUAGUACAGAUUACCUCAACUCAGCUCCAUUUGGCCUAUCAUUGUGAAAAAAGGGGAUAAUGUCAUAGUUCAAGGGUAAGCAACAAUGACUGCCAAGAUGCUGUGGAGAACCAGGCCCAGCUAAAGAACAGACCCAGACUUUAUCCGGCCCAUUGAUCAGGGAUUAGUUUGCAUGUGGAUUUUAGGACCAGUUUCCUUUAAACAUUCCCCCAGGUUUUGAUCAGUCUUCACUGAUUGCAAAUGUUUUGGUGCACCACUUCACAAUGAACAUCACUCCAGUUUGAUUUAUUUGAUGUAUGGAUGGAUAGCGAUAACCUUUAUGUUGAGGAUAAAUUAGAGGAUAAUGGGCACAUAGCUCUCAGGUAGUUGUUUUUGAACUUAAUCAUUAUCCAGAACCACUAAUUUAUUUCGGUACAAGCCAGAUAGUCUAAGCUGUCUAGGCUUAUGUGCACAUCAGGCAGGCUUACAGUAUGCAGUUUAAUUAACUUUGAGUGUGAAUGAUUCAUUUUUCAUAUGGCCUUUAAUUUAAUGCAAAUAUUUGCAUAUAUGGAAUGCUUGGUUACUAGUGUGCAUGUGUGCUCAAUUUUAUUUCUGAAGAUGUGCGCACUACAUCAUUGUAUAGCUUUGGCUGUGUAGGAAUAUAGGACAAAAAUGACUUGUUUGUCUUACAAAGAUAAAAAAAAAACUACAAUUAUUGGCUUUUAUUAUAUAUUCCUGUGAUAAGAAGUAACGGUGAUGACAGAGUCUUUAUAUACUAGUUAAAGAAGUGCUAUUCAGGAAGUCUGAAGUUUAAUUCAGCCGUUUUUCAUGUUUGCCUCUCCACCAUCAAUAUCUUUCAUUGGUGAAGAUCAGGGCUUUGAGAUUUGGGAGGUUUAGGUUUUAUCCUGCGGCCCUGACUUGUAAACCUGAAUGCAGAUGAAGGACGGAUUUCUAGAAGUUAAAUGAUAGGUUUGCUUUUUUUUUUUAAUCUCGACCUCAAUAAAACAUUGUCGGGCAUCAUUUUAAAAAACUGACCACUUCAAAAUUGUGGAAACCACUUUGCUGGAUCUCCUCGCUAGGCUUCAGCCCAGUCCCAUGGGGCAAGCAUUUAAGCUGUCAAAAAACGACAAUAUUUCUCUUUUUUUGGAAACGCAAAGCUCACAGCACAGUCACACAUAUAUUGAUUUAUUUCAUGUUUAUUCACAAUGUUUUGACCUGGAGCAAAAUUCUGUUUUGGAUUUGGAUCUGAUUUUAAUAAAUGUAAAUCCCGGUAAAUCCCAACCAUCUGUAAAUUUCUGCACUUGUGAGAGCAGGAGCUCUUGUAGCUCCGUGUCCCCUUAGAAUAAAGGGAAUUAAAAUUAAGGAACUGUACAGACUUAGAAAAGAAAAUUUAUUCAUUGAAAUGCAAAAUGAUCAUUUUAACUUGAUGGAAACCAUGAUUUCAAUGGGCCACAUUAGUUCUUUUGUGCUGAAAGUGUCCCAUUUUGGAUAGAUUACGGUUUUUGAAAGCUCUAUUUUUUGGGGGGGGGUUCCCCCUUUUUCUCCCCAAUUGUACCUGUCCAAUUACCCCAUUCCUCCGACCCAUUCCGGUCGCUGCUCCACCCCCUCUGCCGAUCCGGGGAGGGCUGCAGACUACCACAUGCCUCCUCCGAUACAUGUGGAGUCUGCAGCCGCUUCUUUUCACCUGACAGUGAGGAGUUUCGCCAGGGGGACGUAGUGUGUGGGAGGAUCACACUAUUCCCCCCCAGUUCCUCCUCCCCUCUGAACAGGCACCCCGACCAACCAGAGGAGGCGCCAGUACAGUGACGAGGACACACUCACAUCCGGCUUCCCACCCACAGACAUGGUCAAUGGUGUCUGUAGACGCCCGACCAAGCCGGAGGUAACACGGGGAUUCAAACAAAAUAGACCAAUACACUACCUGGACUCCCGCUUUUUGAAAGCUUAAAUGAUUGCCCCAUUGGACUGUGUUGAGGUCCAGUGGGAAAAUUCAGAUUCUAGAUACUGAGGCAGUCAGUGAAGGUUUUUUUUUUUAUCAGCGUGAUUCUGAAUGACACAAGAUGAUGUUGUAAUGAGGUCUGUGUUAAAAUAAUUUUAAAAUAAAAAUCAAACCCAUUCUGAAGGAGAAGAUGAGGAGAAACGCAGUUCGGAACUGAGAUGUCGUCUCUUCAUCUAGGACAGCUUAGUGGUUUUGGCUGAUUUGGAUUUGUCUCUUAAAAUGUACAGGCAUUUCAUCUUUGUUGCUGUAACAGCGGCAUAGUCCACAUUGCAACUGCAGAGUGCCGAUGUCCGAGGAAAGAGAUGGUUUACCAAGCGACUAAAAACGUUCACCAGGAAUAAACUACCACAAUGCAACCACCAAGCAUGAAGGAAGCAAAUGCUAUGAUUAAAUCAAGUUGAAAAGUUGAUUAUUGACAACCCUCAAACCAACAUGCAAAUGUUGACAUCUCGUGUACAACAAGUUGGGAAAAGGUCAAAUGUUCCCCUGUGAGCUCGUGAGCUGGCCCGGCCCUGCUAUGAACUGACACUGCAUUAUAUACUUGAAUCUUCACCAGAAUCAACAUCAACAUCAUCAAUAACUUAAACUCUUGGGGUGGAAACUGGGCCUUUAGUGACACAAGCAAUGACCAGGGAACAGAGAGAGGGCGGAAAACCCCUCGCAAAUAAAUGUCUUUUUUAUGAUUUCAGUAUUAAUAUAGUAUCAAUUUCAUGUAGUCCAUCUUCAUAUGGCUUUCUUUUCUUAUUUUUGCUCACUGAAAUUUCUCAUCUCAUGAAGUGUGUAUUAGCAAUGACCUAAGCUUUCCUUUUCUCCAUUAUUUUUUUUUUAUUUCAAUUUUGUGUACUCUGCCUUUUCUUUGUUUUCUGUCUUUUAACUUAAUGGAUUCUCAAUAAUUAAUGCCAGGUAUAGCUGCCAACUCACAGUGCUCCUAACCUGGGAAUUUUUUUUUUCAUGUCACUUUUGAUUUUAAAAAAAAGUCAAAUGUCCUGUCUUGUGUGUCCAUGUUGUAAAUAUAAUGAUGUAAACAAAGAAAAAAAGCCCUAAUGCUAAAUAAACAUUACAUUUUG